AGCAGUUUGGGGAAAGAGGAGGAACCACAGGACGGCGGUAAAAACCAUUCGCUUUUUUUGUUCUUCCAUUUAGAUAUAUUUGUGUUAUUUUUCUAACUCUCUUUCCUUCUCAGUCCCUGUGUAGAGGCCGAUUGUAAUCCAGAUGGCCAAGUCCAUGCUGAGGGCGGUUGAUCCUGACGACAAAGCGUCUGUCAGAGGGGUCGACACUCUGGACUUGGAUGGCAUCUUGGGGAACCUCUGCGAGGCCAUGCUGCGCGUCCAAGGGCUCAGGCAACCCCUCAAGGACAAGUCCAAAGAGGUAACAGCCGCUAAAGCUCGGGCCGAGUCCGCCUUGGAUCGAGCUCAAUUUGAUAUUGCUCAAAAUGAGCUUCUGACGCUUGAUAUGAUGUAUUCGCAGGCGGAAGCCAAUAUGCAGGUGAGGAAGGACCUGAACUCGGCCCGCCUGCACAUCACUUCCCUUAAGAAAGAAAUCACAAGUCUUAAGGAGAAGCUCGAGCCUCUUCAGGAUGCCAAGGAAGAGGCCGAGAGAGCCAAGCAAAGGCCGGACUCGGACUAUCAGACUUGGAAAUCCAAGUUUGAUGAAGCCAGCAAAGCAUUUGACGCUCGCCUUCUUAACGAGGCUGAGAAUGAAGCUAGGGCUGCUGCUGAGGCCGAGGAAAUUUCUGGGUCCGACUCUUCUGGGGAGUCGUCCUCUGGUGAAGAGGAGGAAGAUCAGGUGGAGGAGCGAGAGAAAAAUGAUGAAGAGAAGCCGAAGGGCAAUAGGCCGGCUGCCAAUGAAGAGACUCUCCCCUGA